AUGUCUGCUGCGGGCUCGGUCAGCCCGCCGUCCGUCUUUGAUCACCAAGCCGAAGAACAGCCAGGACAGUAUACUCAGCCAACGACAGUUGCUGCAGACGAACCGUCCUACGACCUGAAGCCACCUCCACCAUCUGUCACACACGACAAUGUCGAGGCGCUUGCCGGCCGAUUCUUCUCCGCAGACCACCUAGACACCAUCCUGCGGGAUCACACCAUCUCUGCGCGCUUCACUCGCUUUCUGAACCAGUAUAGGCCGCAACAUGUUGCGGCGCUCACUCAGUAUUUGGAGACUAAGAAGGCAAUCACGGCUGUGGAGUAUGCCAAUGCCAUAGCGGACCAAGUGCCGACCUCUCCAGGCCACCCUCCUUAUGUUGCAGCAACGCUGGACGACCGGUUCGAAGCGAAGUCGAAGCGCAUAGUGGAAGACUUGGUUGACGAGGCAUUACCGGCCUAUGUCACGCAUCGUUUGGUCACGUUAGUGACAGAUACGCUAGUCAAAGAAGUUACUGGCAACAGCGCCCCAAUCAUGCGCGAGCUGGUUCCAAGUCUGGCGGAGGUGUACUGCGUCACAGAUCCUUCUCUACCGGACAAUCCCAUUGUCUAUGCUUCUGAAGAAUUCUACAAUACAACGCAGUACGGUCGCGACUAUGUUAUUGGUCGCAAUUGCCGCUUUCUGCAAGGCCCGAAGUCAUCCAACUCAACUGUUCGGCGGCUAAUCGAGGCGUUGACUACGGGUCAAGAGAUAUGCGAAACGAUCCUAAACUACCGAAGAGACGGAUCACCAUUUAUGAAUCUGUUGAUGAUCGCGCCACUGUACGAUAACAAGGGACAAGUGCGCUACUUCCUAGGCUGUCAAAUUGACGUCAGCCAGCUGGUAGAGGGUGGACGUGGUCUGGAGUCGUUCUCGCAGCUGCUCGCGCAGGAUCGGACCGAGAGCCGCUUUGGUGGGCGGCCACAGCAUGAUCCCAAGCAUAUGCUUGGUGAGCUCGGCCAGCUCAUCACGGAGGAGGAAAGCAACAUCAUCAAAGACCGCUCUAGGCGGUACAGCGAAGGGUCGAAAGAGGUCGUGCCUGCGCACAGACCUUCAGGUCGGACACGAAGGAUACUCGGCAUGGAGGAGACACAGACGGAACGAACGCUUUGGCCCCACCCAAGCCUGGGACCGAGCGGCAGGCUUCCUGGAGUAUAUCAGAAUUAUCUUCUUGUUCGACCGUUUCCCUCGUUACGCAUCACCUUCACUUCGCCGGCGCUGCGGAUACCAGGUCUUCUACAGACCAAGUUCUUGGAUCGCAUAGGCGGUCCACAGCAGGUCAGGGAGGGUAUACUCGACGCGCUGUCGCAUGGCACGGGUGUUACAGCCAAGAUCAGCUGGCUCACGAACCCCACGGAAGGGAAGAGCGCAACAGGACUAGAGGGCAAGCCACGAUGGAUACAUUGCACACCUCUUCUCGGUAGCGACGAGAGGGUCGGUGUAUGGAUGAUCGUCAUGGUCGAGAAUGAGGAAGUCACCGGUCAGCUCAAUCGAAACCAGCCUUUGGCGGAGAGCGGCCUGGGCAGCCCUAUCGGUAUGGGCGCCGCAAGUCCGCGGUUCACUGGUAACAAGCUGUAUGCGGAGUAUUUGCGUAGAGAAGGUAAAGCAACUGGUGACGGCUCGACGUUUGGCGGAAGUCAGCGGAGCAAGCAGUCGUCUGCGCUGGACCGGGAACGGCGGGAAGUUGACGAUCAGUUCCGCGACUUCUAA